UGACAAAUGGACCGAUGAGUACCCACUGUGUCUUUAGCAAUUACGAGGACCAGAGGAAUUUAAAAAAAAAUGCAUUGUAAAAAGGAUUCGUCGAAAUAGAAUGAUAUCGGGUGGAAUCUUCAUGAAGUUGUGAAUCGGGCUUAAAUUGAAACCAUGCUGAAGUGGUUUUCCAGUGAAGAUGGAGGGCCUGGCUCUGGAGAUCCAGGCUCUCAGGUGGGUGGUGGUGGUGGAGAGGCUACCCUGGCAGAAGUUGCAGAGCGUCUGGCUCAGACUGAACAGCUGGUGGCUCAGCUGAAGGAGAUGAUCAGAGAGAAAGACAUAACACUGCACACGAAAGAUGACCAGCUCAAGGCAGAGAAGGAGGCAUGUGAGGCCAAGCUGUCGAAGCUCCGCCUCCAGAAUAAAGCAAAGGUGACCUCUCUGACUUCCCAGCUGGAGGAGCUGAAGAAACAGCAGGGAAGUCAGGGCACCCCCACCCACAGCAAGAAGGGUGGAGCGGAUAAGGCGACAGAAGGCGGUGAGCAGGCCAGCCGAGGGAAGAUCGUUGUGCUAAAGAAGAAGGUGGAGGAUCUGGAGCAGCAUCUUGCACAAAGAGAGAAAGAACUGGAAAACAGUAGGAGGGAGGUUGAGACACAGAGGCAACGUGGUGAGGAGAUGGACUCCAUGCUGGUAGAGAAGGACAGGAAGCUAUCAGAGAAAGAAGCCUACAUCGUCCACCUGCAGACUGCUCUUGCAGGAGAUCAAUCAGUUACACCUGCGCCACAGCAAACGGUCAGUCCCAAGACUGAUGAGGGCGGGGCGCUCGAGGAGCUCCAGCUUCUGGUGCAGAGCCUGACCAGGAAGGUGGGGGAAGCUGAGGAGCGCUACAGUUUGCUCCAAGAACAGACGGACAGCCUCAAAGAGCUGCUGUCCACAGAAAAGCACCAGUACAACCAGAAGGAGAACAUGUACAAGCAAAACAUCCAGACAUUCAAAGACAUUAUCCUUCAGAAAGACAACAAGCUCAUGGAGGUCAACCAGAUGCACGAACAGGAGCUUUUUAAGCUGGCGGCCAAAUCUGAUGCCAGUGCUGACUUAGAACAGCUUCUUAAGGCUCUGAAACAGAAGCUCCAUGAGAAGGAAGAAGUGCUCCUUGGUAAAACCCAAGUCAUCGAUGUUCUCCAGGGGGAGGUGGAUGGCAGAGACCAGCAGAUUAAGGAGCUGACUGAGCGGCUACGUCGGCUGCAGGUGGAGCGGGAGAGCCUGGAAUCCAAGCUGGAGGCAGAGAAACACGUGAUGCGGGCACAGCUCCGUGACCUGCUGGAAAAACAGCAGGGAGAGGUGCGGCGCAUGGCUGAGCAGCAUCAGUCCCAGAUGGCUCAAACCAGGCAGGAGCUCCUGGGGCAGUUAGAUGAGCUGAGAAGGGUCACAGUUGCCUUGCCUCCUGUCAACCAGCAAGCAAUAGGAAGUGCAGACCAAGCCACCAACUUAGCCACUGUCCAAAGGCUGGCUGAACUGGAAGUUCAAGCAAAGCAGAAAACAGAGGAGGCCAGUAAAUCGGAGGCUAAGUUCUUGAAGAUGAAAGCCUGGUCAAAGUCCCGAAUCCGACAGCUGGAGGCGGAGCUGAGGAAAAGUCAGGCUGGAGGUGCUCCUCCUGACCUGAUAGCCCUGCAGAGCCGCAUCACCGAACUGGAGGAGGAGCGAGAGGAGAGCCUCUGGAAGCUGGAGCAGUAUGAAGAACUCAAAGCUAAAAAUGAUGUCCUGGAGGCCAAGCUGGUGGUGUAUGAAGAGCAACAGAGGACACUGCAGGCUGACCUGGAGCAGUUCACUAAGAGAGCAGCCUCUCAGGCCAGUGAGUGUGGGAGCGCUGAGGAUACCCAGAGCCAAGUGUUAGAGUGGCAAGAGAUGGUGGCUGAGGCGGUGAGCGCCAGGGACCAGGCCAGGGAGGAGAAAGUGGCCAUGGAGCUCCGCAUCGGUCACAUGGAGGAGGAGAGAGAGGGACUGAUUGAGGAUGACUGGUUCUUUCCUGGCUGCUCCGAUCCAGCGCUGGCCAGCCGGCAGCAGGAGUUGGAGGAGGAGUUGGCGCAGGCCCAGGGGCUCAGCCAACACAGGGCCAAGAAGCAGGCAGUUCCAGCCCAACGCACCCUACAGGAAGACUUUGAGUUUGAUGAGCAGCCACCAUUCCAGGACCCCUGCAGUGCCUCAGAAAGCACCACCCCAAUGGAGGGGGAGAACAUGGGAGGUUGGUGGCCCGAGUACAGUACCCCUGACACAGGUGGUUUGCGGUCAGUUGUUGAUGAACUUGAGCUUGAGAGGAAUCAACUGCAAGAGCAGAUACUGGUUCUUGAGGAGCGCUGUCAUGACCUAGAGGAUAGACUACAGCUGCAGGCUCGGAUCGAAGCACUGCAGGUGACGUUUGAUGUAGAUGAAGUUCGUCGGCCAUAUUGGGUCUCUCAGAAUGAAUCAGAGAGACUACAAGCCCAGCUUACCAGCCUCCGAAGUCAGCAGAGCAGAGAUGCAGAGAAACACCAGCUACUGGUUACCAGUCUUAAUGAACAGCUUAAAGGGCUGACUGACACACAAGAGUGCCUGGAAAGCUCCCUUAUUGAGAAGGAGAAUACGUUAGCCAAGACCUCUGAGAAAUUGGAGCUCAUCAGCAACCUCCGCGAGACUCUUAACGAAAAGGAUGUCCAGUACAAAGAUGUGUCUGACAAACUCCUUCAAGCUGAACACAAUCUCAUGGAAGUAUCCAAGAAAUGUGGUAACUUUGAGAAACUGUGCUCUGAAUUGAAAGCAGAGGUUAUGGACCUCACACAGAAACUCAAUGUGUUGAAAGAAAAGACACAAAAACAAGAGGUCAUCAUAGAAACUCUACAAGCUGAUCUUGACCAGACAAAUGAUGAGCUUGAUAAACUGAACACCACCCACUUAGAAGAGCGGGCCCAGCUCAUUCACGAACUUCAAAGCUGUGAGCGAGAGAUUGAUGGUCUCAAAGACACCCUGCUGGACAAGGAGAAGGAGAUAGCCACCCUCUCUGGGAACAUGGCAGAGUACACGGAGCAGAUAACAGUGCUGAAACAGGAGAUCAGACUCAAAGAGGAUGACCUUGUUCGUCUUGAAAGUGCAUUGAGUAAAGUAGAACGAGAGGCCAAGAUCAUCAGGGACUCUCAAAAUUCUGACCAGCAAGUUCUCAAUAACAAGAUCACAGAGUUGGUGGAGAAGCUCAAGGACAUGGAGACUGAGUUAUGCAAGGCCAGAGAGGAAAGAGAAUCUAAACUGGUUGAGGUGGUACACUUAACAAAGCAGGCUGAGGAGGAUAAGAAAAGCAUUCAGGACCUUGAGGGAGAAAUCCAGAAACAGGCUCUGAGUCAUCAUAAUCACCUCUCUGAAUGUGAAACACAUAUUUCCUCUCUGAAGGAACAGAUGACAUUUGCCAUCCAUAAACUUCAGCAGGAGUCUGAAGGACUCAGCCUAGAGCUCAAGGACAGAAAUACUAGGAAUGAGAAUCUCCAGCAACUGCUACAGGAUAAAGAACAGAGCUAUGAAAAAGAACUGAAAUCCUUCAAGGAAGAACAGAAUAGGCUUCUUGGAGAGGUGACAAAAUAUAAUCAUGAUGUGAAGUCCCUGAACAAGCAGCUAGAGGAACAAGUGCAGAGUCGUGAACUCAUACAAAAGGCAAUGCAAGAAAAACAAGAAACUAUAGCAUCAUUAGAAGACCAACUGAAAGCCUCAGAGAAAGCUUUUGAGGAGGAGAGACAGAAAUUCAGCAGUGAAUUGCAAGCCCGGGACUCGGAAUAUGAGAAGUUAGGGGAAGAGCUUAAAACUAAAUCAGACAAUAUAGAGAAAGUCAAGAACCUUUUGAAAAACACCAGAAAUGAAAAACGGCAACUGGAAAGAAACCUUAAACAAUUGACUGAGGAGCUUGAAACACAGAAACAGAAUGCAGAUCAACUUAAUGAAAAAGUCACAGCUUCUCUUCAACUUGACAGAAACCUAGAGCUUCAAGUAAGUUACCUUACAAAGGAGAAUGAGAGGCUUCAACUGGAGGUGACUAAAAGUACAAAAUCUAUUUCAGCUCUUACAGCUGAGAAGGAAAUCCUGCACACCAAAAUAUCAGUCUCUGAAGCACAGCAUUCAGAAAAUAGUAAAGUUAUUGAAGGGCUACAAAGAGAAAAAGAAGAACUUAAUGUUAGAACUGAGGAACUACAUAGAGUCAUAGAGCAAAGCAAACAGUCCAUCUCAGAAACUUUGCUGGAGAAAAUGAAUGAAUGUAGUCAUCUAAACCAAUUACUCAGGGACAGAGAGGAGAAGGAGGGACAAUUCCAGGAAAAAGUCCAAAGUAUGAUGUCUCAGGUUGAUGAACUCCAGCGUAACAUAGAAGCAAAAGAACGCAUAAUUAUUGAUCUGAGAGCAAAAAUGGUGGCCCAGGAAAGCCAGCAAGUGCAAUUUCAGGAAAAAUUGUCAUUACUUCAGGAACAGGAGAAUGCCUUAAAAUCUGGGCUUAUGGAGAAAAAUGUUAUGUUGACACAGAAACAGGAGGAGUAUAACGCUUUACAGAAUGAAAAUGAAGAGCACAACGAUAUGAUUGCAAAGCAACAAGCUGAGGCUGAGUUGCUUCAUGGAGACUGUUUACAACUCCACCAGCAAAUUGGAGAGAAAGAGGAAAUGAUCAAAGAUGUAACACAGCAAUGUCAAAAAUAUAAAGAUCAGCUAAAUGAGAAGAAUGAGAUGGUUUUGUCGCUCAGCAGCCAACUUAGUAUCAUUCAGAACAAUGCCAUCAAGCUUGAAUCAGAAAAAGCAGACAUGAGAAUAGAUUUGGACAGCAGUAUCACUGAAAAUGUCAAAAUGAAACAGGAGCUAGAGCAGAAACAAGCAGAAUUGAUGACUUUACAUAACCAAAUCCAGUCACUGACUGAGAAAAAUCACCAACUUGGAGCAUCCCAUGAAAUCAGGGAGAAAGAGCUAGCUCAGCAAAAAAAGGUUGGAUCUGACAUUGAUGAGAAACUUAAAGCAGCUCUUGAACAAAACAUAAGCUUUAGCCUUAAAAUUGAAAGCCUAACGGAGUAUAGUCAGGUAUUAGAGAAAGACUUGAACCAGAAGGUUCAGUCCAUUUCCAAACUUACCAGCGAGAGAAAUUUACUUCAAGAGAAAUUUUCACAGCUUGAAAAACAACAUUCAGAUGAUCAGGAAAUAAUCAGAGGCCUGCUGAAAAACAAGGAGGAGCUUACUUUGGCAGCAGAUGAAUUGAACAAAGUGCUUGAGCUAAGCAAGCAGUCAAAUUCAGAAAGUUUGCUGGAGAAAACAACAGAAUGUCAUAAUUUAUCAAAGACAUUAAGAGAGAGGGAAGAACAAGCUGCAACUUUACAUGAGCAAGUUGACAGCUUGAAAAUGCAGGUUAAUGAACUCAACAUUCUCAUAAAUGAGAAAGAAAAGACUGUGUCAGAACAUUUUGCCCACAAAGAAGCCCAGCAAGCCCAACUGGUUCAACUUCAAGAUACCUUAUCUCUUCUUCAGGAACAGGGGUCUGUUCUUAAGUCAGUGCUUAUGGAGAAAGACACUCUAUUAAAUCAGAGAGCUGAAGACUGUAGCUCCUAUCAGAAUGAAGUCAUGCUACAGAAAGACCUCAUAUCCAAGAUGGGAGGUGAGGCUGAGUUACUUAGGGAAGAGAACCUGGAGCUGCGCAGGCAGGUAGAUGAUAAAGAGCAAAACCUAAGAGACAUAAGACUUAAUUUUCACAACCAUAAAGAGGAGCUGAAUAAACGCAAUGAGUCAGUGAUAUCACUCAGCAGUCAGCUCGGUACCAUGAAUGAGAACACUGCAAAGAUGGAGGUGGAAAUCAGUGGCUUAAAGUCUGCACUAGAGAAACUUGCCACUGAAAACCGCCAGUUGAUACAGAAAGUGGAUCAGAAAAAAGUUGAGGUUGUUGAUCUUAAAGACGAUAUUCAAGUGCUGAAAGAGCAGAAUAUGAGAAUAAAAUCUGAAUUGGAAAAAUCAGUGAUGGAGCAGUCCAAGCUACUUGAAGAAAUAGCAGAGCUCAAAAAAACAGUCUCUAAUAAGGACAACAAGAUGUCUGAUUUGUCAGAACAACUGAAAGCAGCAUGCUUAUCAAAGGAAAGCCUUUGUUUGGCAGUGCAAGAAAAAGAACACUCUCUUAAACAGCAGGAAAUGGUCGUCCAGCAAUUACAGGCACAAUUUCUGGAGGUUGAGGGUCAGACAAGCCAACGACAAGGGGUUAUCAUGGAGCUACAGACUAAGGUACAAACUCUUCAAAAAUCUCUACAGGAUAAAGAUGCACUAUUGCAACAGACUGAGAAGGAGCUUAGCUUUAUUCAAGAGAAAUUUACUUCAGAAAUACAGAAUUUCAGAAGUGAUCUUGAUUCAAAUUCAGAAAUAAUAUCAGGGUUGCAGAGUGAAUUGAGUAAUGCAGCCAAAAAGAACACAGAGCUUAGCUGUAAAAUAGAUGAGCAAGAGAUCCAGCUGAAACAGAAUGUUGACUAUAAUAUCAACGUGGGAACACAAGUUUCAGAACUUAAAGAGUCCAUGGUAAAAUUAAGAGGUCAGAAUGCCAUCCUAAAUUCAGAAUGUUCCACAUUGAAAGAGACUUUGAAGCAAAAAGAGCAGUUUAUUUUUGAAUUUCAGAAUACCUCAUCAGCCAACAUUGAAAAUCUUAAUUCGAAACUGGGAUCCAAAGAGGCAGAGUGCAUGAGCUUGAAAGAGCAGCUUUCACACCUUCAAGAGUCUGUAACGAAGCUUAACAAUACUUUCCAAGAAAAUAUGUCUGAAGUGGCAAAUCUGAAAGAAGCCUUGGAGGAAAAAGAAACCACUCUGUUGGACCGUUCAAAGUCCCUUCAGGAAAUGCAGAUAAAAGCAGAUGAAGCUGUUCUUUUUAAAGCCCAUUUCAUGGAGAGCACAGAAUUGGCAUCACAGCUACAGAUUCAGAUUCAGUCACUUUCUACAGAGUCUGAAAACCUCAACAGGUCAUUGGGGGAGAAGCAAAGUGCCUUCAGCAACCUCCAGGAGAAAUAUGCAACCCACUUAGAGGAACUGCAAGAUGUUAGAAAGCAACUGUCUGAAAGUACCGAUAAGGUUUCACAUCUUACUAAGCUCCUGAGUGAUGGUAAAAGUGCACUUCAGGAAGCAGAGGACACUAUAGAGACGUUGCGAAACGAGCUACAUCUUAUCCAAGGGGAACUUCAGAAAACUCAAGAAGUUAAUUCCAGUCUUUUGAAGCAAAAGGAAGAAGCCUUUGCCACCCAUCAGACUAGCAUGACAUCAUUUACAGUGGAAAUAGAAAGACUAAAGUCACAACAUCUUCAAGUUGUGGCCCAGAUGAAUGUCCUAACAGAAAACCUGGAGCAGAGGGAGAUGGCCCUUCAUGCAAUUAACAGUCAGUACACAGCCCAAGCCAAAAAUACGGCUCAUCUGGUGUCAGAAAUGCAGAAACUUGAGGAACAAAAUAAGAGGCUAAAUGAAGAGAUUAGUUUGUCAAAGGAAGAACAUUCAAAGCAACUUAAUGAAGUCAAUAAUGAAAAAACAAACUUACAACGGGAGCUUAAAAGGCUUGGUGUAGAGAAGGAUGACCUGGAAAGAAGACUUGAUCAUCAGAUCCGGGCAACACAAGAAGAGCUACAUCUUCAAGUCCAGCAGCAGUCCAGCAGCAUGAGCGAAAUUGUGGAGAAAGUGAUGUCUGAAAAGGAGAGCCUUCAAGCUGAGGAAAUUGGGCAGAAUUCGAAUGAACUUCAGAAAGCAUUACAAGAUGCAGAAGCCUACAGGCUGCAAACCGAGAAAAAGAUCAGCAGCUACCAGGAAGAACUAGCUGAUCUCAGGUCUGACAGAAAUAGACUGCUCAGUGAAGCCCUAAAGAUGAAAGAGCAGGUGGCAGAAAGGAAAGAUGGACAACCAGUUAAAGAGGCUGUGGCUCUAGUUGGUCAGGGUGGAUGGGAGCAGAUUGUGAACCAGCUCCAAACAGAGAGGAUCCAGAUGCACAGAGACCUCCAGCAGUGUCUCUACGAGAUUCAGCAGAGAGACCAGCACAACCAGCAGCUCAACACCGAGCUGAGGGCAGUCUCCCAGACCCUGAGGGACACCCAGAACCGCUGCUUUUGGUUAGAGAGUCAAGGCCAGGCAAUGCAGGGGUCAGCGUGUGCUGAGGUGGCACCUGGGGCCCCCCAGGAGAGAAGCAGUCACUCUGUCACAAUUGAAACCAGUGAGGCCAGUCAGCUCCAAGACAGGCUGUUUGAGUUGGAGCAGAGCCUGAGAGAGGAGAGAACAAGACGGGAGGUGGCUGAAGAGGCUCUGCGUGUCACUGAGGAGAGGGCCAAGAGCCCAUCCCGUUCCAGCCAGAGGGACUACAGUAUCCAGUUAGAAACUGAGGAAGAGUGGGAGACCGUAAUUCUCAACCCCAGUGAGCCCCUACUCACACGCAAGGUGAAAGGUGGGAUGCUGAUGUGCCGACGAUGGUUCCGAGGGAGAAGCCUUUACUGCUCCAAGCUGAUAACAACACGCGCCCGAUCCCGAUACUUCUUCCUGGCCUACUUGCUCACACUGCAUGUAUUAGUCCUUAUGUGCCUCACUGGCGCCCUCUAAGCAGGGGCACGGUGGGCAAUUCACUAUUUGGGUUAAAUUUUCAAACUCUUGAUAGAUUAUCCUCAAAAACGUUCUUUAUUUUUUUUUCACUGUUGCUUAUUAAAAGAUUAAGCAAGAUAAAAACUUGCCAUCUCAAAGAAAGGCCUGAUUUCUGAGAUCUUGCCCUGUAUAGGGUGAGAACCAACAAUUUCCUGAUUAGAUUCAGAUCAAAUUCUGCCAUUGCUAUAAUUUAGAAGGUCAACAUAACUACCAUAGCUUUCUCAGAGCAGUGUUUUGGAUAGUUUGGUUUAGAUAACAACUCUGAAGUUCAGUUCACAAAAUCCUUAAAUGUAAAACGCCUUAAACAUAUUGAAAGCCUGCUCUUAGCUGCUCUCCAGUUAGUUCUUGAUGAAAAGCUGCUGUUAGAUUCCAUAAUCUUCUGAACUUAUUGAUUCUGCCCAUGUGGUGUUAUCUGAUUGGUAUAAAGAAAAAGAAAAAAAAUGUUUGAUACAAUGACUCAAGCAGGAGUUGGAAGUUAGAAGUUAGAUUUAUACCUUUUAAGAAAGCCCAAGAAGGCACUGAAAGCCAUAUUCACUCUUAAUUAAUACUACUGUUUAAGCUGCUCUUAUUUUUUUCUUAAUCUUCCUGCCUCGUCCCCCCCCCCCCACACACACACACACAUCUCUGAGGUGAAGGCAGACAUGCACAAUGCUACUCUACUCCCACACCAAAUCCACUGAAUGCUCAAACCUCAAUAUACAAGUGUUGGUCUCUUUCUGUACUGGCUUUGCCAUGACUGCCUUUCUUGCCUCCAUACCUCACUCAUAAUCCUGAUGCUGAGUUGAAACUAUGCACUGAAAUUUACAGCUCUUUAUAAAUAUAAUCAUCUCUAAUCAGUUCAUUAGCACUGCAUUUCCACCCCCUCCCCUACUGUCUUCAACCCUUUAACAUGUAUAGCCAAAGGGUAUUCAGGAAUUGCAUUCUGUAUUUUGACAGUCUGAAUAAGUGCUCUCAUGACCCUAAAAGAUGUGGGACACAGUGGUUGUUAAUGCCCUGAAAAUGUAUUCUGAUAUCAUGGUGUGCCAUUGAAAAAUGUCUGCAAAAAAAGCCAGAGGAUGUAAAAGUAUGUAUUUGUUGGAUGGUAUCCGGUAUGUAAGCCUGCAUCCACAGAGGUAAUACCGUACAGUAUAUACGUGUUUAUUUAUGUAGAUAUUUAUGUUUUUCUAUCCCCUCUGCUCUAUUGGUCAGUUGUUGUACAUUUAAACUUGAUUGUUUUGGAAAUCACCAUAUGAUUAUAGAAAGCAAAUUUUCACAAAUGGCAUCAACGAACCUGCCAAACACUUGGUGUGAAUCGGCAAAAAGACAUGGCUCUUGAACCAACUUUUUUUUUUCUAUACUGGGGAAAACACAUUGAGUUGCUUAAUAUGUGACCAAGUUCUUAUGUUUUUUUUUUUUUGUUUUUUUUUUUUACCUUGUUGCAAUCAAAGAUAAAUUGAGUUUAUUUUAGUGAAAGAUGACUGAGAUGCAUAAUUGUGUUUAUCACAUCAAGGUGAAAAUGAUAGUUUCAGAUUGGGCUAUUUUUUUUUUUUUUUGGCUUGCUCAUUGAUCCAAUUUUGCGAAAAUAUUUUGGCUGCUGUUAAGGUUGCGGUACCCUUGUCCUAAUGUUCUGUAUAUAAGAGUGAUUAAUGGGCAUAAAAUGAACGGGAUCUAUUUAUAAAAAGAUAACUACUGAAAGAUGCUAAGAUGUCAUAUUUUCUAUACCUACUCUAUUUUUUAAAGAGUUAAGGAAUAGUGAUACAUUAGCCCUUUAUCAUUAGGCCUAAUUGUGUGCAAUACUGUGUAGACAAGGACUUCUUCAGAUGAGUUCAUGCCAUCCUGAAAGAGUUUUAAUAAAGCAACCUGAUU